UCAUCAGCAGCGGCAUGGCGUUGCAGACGCCCAAAAAGCUACUUCAGCUGAAGCUCCUGGUCCACCAGAACUCCGGCCAAGUCCUCUACGCCGAGGCCGGCAAGGACUUCGUCGACUUCCUCUUCGGGUUGCUCGGCGUGCCCCUCGGCCACGCCGCCCGCCUGCUCACGGAGGACCACAUGGCCGGCUGCCUCCCCACGCUCUGCAAGAGCUUCCACGAGCUCGAGGACGGCUACUUCGUGCACCCCGCCGACGACCGCGACGCCGUCUUCGUCCCCGACGCCUCCUCGCCCGCCUUCGACAUCCUGCGCAGCAGCAGCCCCUCUCCGCCCCAGACCGCCAAGAUCUACUACCGCUGCUCCGGCGCGGACACCAGCCACUACUACUUCGACAACUACAACAGCUGCUACGGGAACUACGGCCACGUGACCGACGUCUACGGGACGCCAUGUCCGUCGUGCGAGAAGGAGAUGACGACCGAGAUGAGGUUCGUGCCGGGCAGGAGGGACGUGAAGGGCAAGCAGGUGGCGGCCAUGGAAGCUGCGGGUGGGGGUUACGUCAAGGGGGUGCUCACGUACAUGGUGAUGGACAACUUGGCCGUCAUGCCCAUGUCCACCAUCUCCGCCGUCACUCUCCUCAACAGGUUCCACGUUACGGACCUCAAGUCCCUGAGCGAGUGGAAGGUAGAGGUGGGGAAGAAAGAGGGUUCGGAGCUGCUGAAGGCGUCGUUGCGGUCGAAGACUGUUCUCACGGAUGUGUUUGUGAGGAAAUGGAAGAGAGGGGUUUUGGUGGAGUGAAACAACAGAAGCUUGCAUGCAGCUCAAAGACUAUUCCCAACAAAAGCAUAUUUUUAGAUCUCUCACACACCAAUCACAAAUUUUUAGUUCUAUAUAUAUAUAUAUAUAUAUAUAUAUAUAAAGAUAUUUUACUGGAAAAAAAAAUUACUAUUAACUUUUUACUGGUUUGCACCCCGCAUAUUUAUUUUUACAUGUUUUCUUAUAAAUAAUAAAAAAAUUUGUGAACCAACUCAAUUGAUAUUGAGAAAAUCAAUGAGGUUUUAUGAUUAAGCAUAACUUAAGUAUAACUUAGUUUAAUUUCGAGUGAAACUGACACUAAACUAAUCCAAAUUUUAAUAAAAUAACUAGAACAUAAAUCCUAGAUUGAUUAAAAUUUUUAUUUUUAAUAAUUUAUGAUGAUUAUUAUCAAAAUUUAAAAUUUUUUGAAUCGAUAAUGUGAUCAAGUGUAACUUUAUCGAAUUAUACUAAACCAACUCAUACUUCUAGAAAACCACUAAGGCAUGAUUCUAAGAUGAUUAUCACUAUUUUUAAAUAAAAAAUUUAUGAUAAGUAAUUAUCAAAAUUAGAUUUUUUUUUGAAUAUAUUCUCUAAUAGAGUAUAUCUCGUUUCGAUUUCGAGUGUAACUUAGUCAACUUCUACUAAGCCAACUUAAACUUCUACUAAACUACAUAAUCAUGAUUCUAAGACGAUUAAUAUUAUUUUUAUAAAAUUUUAUAAUGAUUAAUUAUUAAAAUUAAUUUUUUUUAAUAAAUUCUAAUCGUAACUUAGUUCAAUUUCAAGUAUAACUUUGUAAACUUCCACUAAGCCAAUCCAAAUUUUCAUACAAUCAUUAGAAAAUAAUUUUAAAAUAAUAAUAAUAAUAAUAAUAAUAAUUUUUUAUAAAAAAAAUAUUUUUAUGAUAAUUAAUUAUCAAAAUUAAAGAUUUUUUUAAUAGAUUCUAGGAUUGAUCAUAACUUAAUUAUAUUUGAGUAUAACUUGGUAAACUUUCUGCAAACCAACUCAAAAUCUAAGGUUAUAAUAACUGUUUGUUGAGGUAGAUCAUUUCCUUUGCUAAGCCAUAAACCAUGAUUUGAUCUUGGGAGUCAUUUUUACACAAAUGAAAUCAAUGAACAUUCAUAAUACUCAUCCUUACAUUUUUCUCAAAGAUUUAAAUCCUAUUAUUGAGAAAACUUUUUAAAAAAACGAUCAUGAGAAUAUAAGGAAUUUUCUAAAGCAAAUAUCAAAGAAUCUACGAUACAUAAGAAGGUGCUUAUACAUGUAAUGUAUUACUGUAUCAGAAACAUCAUGUUAUUAUCUGUUGACAAGAAUGGAAGCCUAAAUUAGAGAGCUUGACAACAGUAAAAAAAAGAAGAUGCACAGAAACAUGAUGUGUGUUUGACGAGGUGGUGGAUAAUAUUUGACUCGUCCUAUCAACAUCUCCAGAAGGAAAAAGAAAAAAGAAGAGAAGAAGAUGAACAUGAUGUGCUUUUUUGUCGACGUUGUGGAUAAUAUUUGGCUCGUACUAUCAACAUCUUAAUAAUAAAACAUCUUUACCUUUUAAAUUUAUUGAGAUUGUCAAGUAUUUUAAUCGAUCGGGAUAAAAAA